GAGAGAAGAAGAUCCCGGAAAAUGGCUACGGCGAUUGUACGGUCAGCUCUUUCCCGAGCAGCGAUCCGCGUUGCUCCAAGAACAUCCGUCGCUCCUAAGCGAAACUUUUCUUCUUCCGCCGGCCAUGACGACGCUUAUGAAGCUGCGAAAUGGGAGAAGAUAACUUAUUUGGGUAUUGCUAGUUGCACUGCUUUAGCCGUCUAUGUUUUAUCCAAGGGCCAUCAUCACGGCGAAGACCCUCCUGCCUAUCCCUAUAUGCACAUCCGCAACAAGGAGUUUCCUUGGGGUCCAGAUGGUCUGUUUGAGGUGAAGCACAACGAAGGGCACUGAGUCUUGCGUGUUCACAAUAACGUCUUCUUGGUUUAUUUGAAUGGCUAAAAUGCUUUAACGUAUCUCUUUUCUUUUGUUGGGAAAUAAGAAUUUAUACUUUUG